UGUGCCCAGCUGACGGAUCAAAACAUUGCGUGCACCACCUCGUGAAGUCUGUUUUGUUAUCGCCGUUUGUUGAUAUCCCGUUUAAAACAUAACGCGAAAAUAUUUUCUCCCCGUAAAGUGUCCUAUCCCAACUAUGGUUGAAUUAGAAAGUUGUUGAGUCGUCGGUACCAUGAUUAGCAACUUGUGGAGGACUACGUGCCACCGCUAUUUGACGGAGAUCUCUCGAACGGUAGUUCCGCCCAGAAGCCAAGGAACGAGUUGGUUACGUCACAACACCGGUAGCAUUCUCCACUAUCAAAGACGAUGCUUUUUGAAUUGGAACCAGCAGAAAAGUGGUGCCGUAGAUUUUAUACAAUGCAAAAGAAUACUGCAGCGCAGAAGUUUCAGUACAACCUCCGCCGGGCUUCAGGCAACGACACCUGUUGAUGGUUCAGCUCAGCCAACCAAGGUUCGCCUCAAAGGAACGGAUGUAAAGCGGUUGCUAGACUUUGCUAAGCCAGAACGAUGGAACAUAGCAGGCGGAAUCGGAUGUCUUGUGAUUUCUUCAGCCAUCACAAUGUCGGUGCCGUUUGGUCUAGGAAAGAUUUUGGACGUAAUAUAUUCAACUUCCGGCGAGGCAGGAAUAGCUAAGGAAAAAUUGGAUCAAUUUUGUCUGCUGCUGGGUGGCAUUUUCCUGUUGGGCGGACUAGCAAAUUUUGGCAGGGUUUAUCUGUUUAGCAAUGCUUCCCUGCGAAUAACCCGUGACAUCCGUUCAAAGGUGUAUAAAUCGAUGUUGAAUCAGGAAGCCGGAUGGUUCGACCAGAAGGGCACGGGAGAACUGGUCAAUCGACUUUCGUCGGACACUUAUCUCGUGGGAAAUUCUCUCAGCAUGAAUCUUUCCGAUGGGUUGCGAUCUACGGCUAUGAUUCUCGCCGGCACCGGUAUGAUGGUUUAUACAUCACCCCACUUGGCCCUCGUCGGACUGUGCAUUGUUCCCUGCGUGGCGGGAAUGGCCAUCGUCUACGGGCGCUACGUUCGUAAUAUAACAAAGGAACUGAUGGACAAGUAUGCCGACGUGAUGAAAAUCGGUGAGGAACGAUUAGGCAAUGUUAAAACCGUGAAAAUGUUCUGCAAAGAAAAAUACGAGAACCAGCUAUUCAGAAACCAUCUGAUAGACGCUUUAAACAUUGGUUAUCGGGAAACAAAAGCACGAGCGACCUUUUAUGGAAUGACUGGUCUCUCUGGGAAUAUAAUAAUCCUAUCGGUCCUCUAUUACGGAGGAACCAUGGUCAGCAACAGCGAAAUGACCGUUGGUGGCCUUACCUCAUUUAUUCUGUACGCCGGUUACACUGCCAUAUCGAUAGGAGGAUUGAGCAAUUUUUAUACGGAACUCAACAAAGGUGUCGGUUCGGCUUCGAGGCUGUGGGAAAUAAUCGACCGAAAACAUACCAUCCCAGUGGAAGGAGGAACUGUAUUGGACGCGGCACCACGUGGAGAAAUCGCAUUCAACAAGGUUGCUUUUAGCUAUCCUUCCCGACCGGAUUUACCGGUGCUGAGUAGCCUGAAUCUACGAAUCGAACCGGGAACAUCAACGGCCGUGGUUGGCAGGAGUGGUUCCGGGAAGUCAACGCUAGCUGCAUUAUUAUUGAGAUUAUAUGACCCUCAAGGAGGAAGUAUAUCUCUGGAUGGGCUAGAUCUUAAACAACUCAACCCUUUAUCACUUCGGAAGUAUAUAGGAGCAGUCAAUCAGGAACCUGUCCUCUUUAGUGGAACCAUUCGUGAAAACAUCCUAUACGGAUUGAACUUAGGUGAUAACAUAUCUGAGGCUGAUUUCGAUCGAGUUGUGCGAGAAGCACACGUUUACGAGUUUAUCAAAGAUUUUCCCGACGGAUUGAAUACAUUGGUAGGACAGCGAGGAAUCAUGCUAAGUGGAGGACAGAAACAGCGGGUUGCAAUCGCUAGAGCAAUUAUAAGAAAUCCGAAAAUCCUCAUCCUCGAUGAAGCGACGAGUGCGUUGGACGCCGUUUCCGAGGAGCUUAUUCAAAAUGCGCUCGAACAUUUAACAAAGAAUCGAACCGUACUCACAAUAGCUCAUCGAUUAAGUACCAUACGCAAUGCUACCAACAUUGCCGUGCUGCAGCAGGGGAAAAUCGUUGAACACGGUAAUUAUCGAGAAUUGAUGACAUUGGAGAAUGGUAUCUUCCGAGAGCUUGUUCAACGACAAACUUUCUCUUCAUCGUCAUCACCCUCAUCCUAGAGCUAGAUUUUUUUUUUUCAAAA